AUGAACCUCCUCUCCCUCGCCGCCCUCCUCCCGGCCCUCCUCCUCGUGUCCGCCGCGCCCUCCCCGCGCCAGGCGUGCACGCUCAACUGGAACGGCUCCUCGAUCAACGGUGCAGCCGAGGGCUCGGUGUGCCGCUACGCCAUCCGCUACGGCACGGCCGCGCGCUGGACCGACGCCGUGGCCACCUCUGCGUCGGUAGGUAAGGUGUGCAGGAAGGCUGACAAGGACAGGUACGGCAACACGGCGUCCGUGGCGCCCAGCUGCCCGCAGGCUGGCGGCGCGACCGCCGGCGCGAGCCAGAGCGAGGACUGCCUCUACCUCACCCUCUAUGUGCCGUCUGGCGCGAGCGCGCUCCCCGUCCUCGCUUGGGUCCACGGCGGCUCGUACUUCUUUGGCUCGGACGCCGCGCCCGGCCUCGACGGCGCCAAGCUCGCGUCGAGCGCCAACAUUGUCGUCGCGGAGAUCCAGUACCGCCUCGGCGCCCUCGGUUUCCUCGCGCCCGCCCAGUCCCCCGCCAGCGCCGACCCCAACUUCGGCCUCCGCGACAUCGUGCUCGCGCUCAACACCCUCAAAGCCCGCGCUGGCGACUACGGCGGCGACGGGAGCAAGAUCACCCUCGGUGGCGAGAGCACCGGCGCGUCGCUCAUCCGCGCGCUGUACGGCGUGCCCGCUGCCCAGGGGCUCUUCCGCUCCGCCAUCCUCCAGUCGGACCCCCUUAACUACGGCUUCUCGUCCACCGCCACCACCACCAAGGUCCGCGCCAACUUCUUCACGCAGCGCGUGUUCGCGCCCUACUCCGCGUCAACCCUUGCCGCGUGGCAGGCCUACCCGCUCUCGACCAUCCUGGCGGCCCAGGCGGCCACCAUCUCCUCGGCGCCCAACUUCAUCGCCGGGGUGCCGCACCAGCAGCCCAUCCGCCCGACCUACGGCACCAACACGCUCCCUUCGGACCCCACUGCGGCCUUCUUCAGCGACCCGUCGACGCUGCCCGUCUCGCCCGCCAACACGCCCCUCCUGAUCACCAACACUGCUGACGAGGGUGCCGGCGUCGUCGCCUCCGGCCUCCCCAACGCCGUCCCCCUCAAUGCCGCCACCUACACCGGUGUCCUCGCCACCAUCCUCGACCCCGCCCGCGCGGCGACCCUCUCGUCGCCCUCGGGCCCGUACCCCCUCCCGAGCACCGACUCGGGCGACACGCUCCGCAAUACGCUCUCGCACGUUGUGUCGGACGGCGCGUGGCGCUGCCCCGCUCGUUCGCUCGCGGCCAACUACGCCGGCGCCGGCGGCCAGGUCUACGUCGCCGAGUGGACCCAGGGCGUCAAGUACCCCCUCAACGCUGGCGUGUCUCUCUGCAACGGCAAAGUCUGCCACGGCGACGACAUCUACCCCACUUUCGGCACCUCGCCGUCCCCUGGCGCCCUCGACGCCGAGGCUAGUGCCGCUUGGGGCAGCUUCGUCAACACCCAGGGCAUCAGCUGGAACCAGUUCACGUCGGGCAGCGGCGUGUCCGGCACCGACGUCCACGGCAUUGGCGGCGGCGCCGUCGGCUCGUGCCCCGACAGCUACUGGGGCAGCCAGGUCCAGUGGGACUGGCAGGUUUACGCUUAG